CACACACACAAACACCCAGACACCCUCCAAAAACAAAAGAGCCUGGAGCAGAAUCAAACGAGACCCGUGUACUACAACGACAAUAGCAUUUAUAGAGUUAAUAUCAAUAUUCUUGUGCAUGAAUAUUAUAUCUUCUGUUCUUUCCCCGACAUGUUUUGUGGCCAUUACGCACACAAGGCCUUGUGCUCUCUUUUUCCCACAUGUCUUGAGACCUAGUAUAGUUCAUACAACUUACUCCAUAACUGAAACUGAUUGUUUUUUUUUAUAGGUUUAGAUGUUUUUAAAGGUUCCGCCUAUUUAGUUUAGAGUAUUCUCUAGUGUUUGUGGUGUGCGUGACUGUGAACUCUUCAGUGUGCACAGCAAAAGGUGCGAGAGUGCCGGUUUCUCGGUCACGCCUCUUUUGCUAUUCACACGCGAGAAGGGGAACAAAGUCCCCAGAUAACACUUUAGGUAAAAUGCAACAAAGCGUCUACUAUGGCCAGAUUGGCCACAAAGAUGCAGAAAUGUUAUUGGGAAAAUAUGGGAAGGAUGGAAGCUUUCUAUUGAGAGACAGUGAAAGCCAGCAUGGUGCGUUAUGUCUCUGUGUGAGGAAAGCUCCAUAUGUGCUCACGUACAGGAUUGCGCAUUCACACCAAGGAUGGGGGUUAGAGACCGAAAACAAGGAGAAGAUGAAGUGGUUCCAGUCACUGGAUAAACUCAUUCAAUCCUGUAAAGAGACCCCACAUAACAUGGUUCCCCUUCUGUAUCCUCUUGAAAAGUCAGACCUAAAUGUAGAAGACAGACCAAGCAGAGGUGAGCUUGUGUGCACUUAUCCUGUCAUCAGGAUUUGCGAGUCAACCUACAUGGAAAUGUGAUGAUCGCUCUAGUCUGACUCACUAAGAGGGAUUACUGUAUGUCUGUGUUGAUUAUUUUCCAUUUUCUAAGUAUUUUCCCUUUUUCUUUUUUAAGCAUUUGUUAUCUGUUAAAUGAGAUUUGCCUCCAGUGGUUUAGUGCAAAAGUGACCCUACUGGAUUUGUUGUUGUUGUUGUUGUUGUUGUUGUUGUUGUUAUUAUUAUUAUUAUUAUUAUAAUUAUUAUUAUUAUUAUUAUUAUUAUUAUUAUUAUUAUUAUUAUUAUUAUUAUUAUUAUUAUUUAAGACUAUGAAAAUAUUCCACAAGAUGGCAGUGAAGCUAGUAAACAUUAGUGAGCAGACUAACAUUUCUAACUUCCCCUUAGAAGGACGUUUGUAAAUUCAGAGCCUUCCCCAUGACACCAAGUCUGUGUGAUGGAUUCUGUGUUCAGGAAUUGUUUUAUUUGAAAUUGUUAAAUUUACAGGCUGGAUUCAGUAAAUUCCAAAAAUUAAAAUAUCCCAUUGAGUGUAUCCUGGUUUCAGGAAAUUCCCUACAGUUAGUAUAUAGUUUUAAAUCCUGCCUUAUAUACAGUCUUCUCUAAGCUUUGCUAAGAUUUGUUGAGAAAAUGUGGUGUUCACUAUAAAUUAUGUUUUACUACAUUGAUAAAAUUUUUUUGAUAAAAUACAAGUAAUCGUUUUAUUGUAAACCUGAUUGGAAUGAAAAUACCAAAUAUUUGUACAUACAUUGUUUGGCUAGAAUGUUCCAGGAUUAAUCAUUUAUGUGCCAAAAAUUUCACUUGUUAGGAAAAUAGCAACAAUUACUACGUACUAUCUGUGUUAUUUAAACAAUGCAUGAUCAGCAAGUCAAAAGUCCAAGUUGGCAAGAAAAAAGAAGAUGUGGAAGUACAGUGACCACAUGCCAAACGAACCAUGUAAAGUUUAGACAUGGGUGACUAGGUACAAGAACACCAAUACUGUAAAUAAAACGUGGGAACUGAUGCAGUGGAGCCAGCGAUAGAAUUUACGCUUCACGACUAAAGUGUGCUGUGUUUCGUCCGGAGUUUCUCGUCGUUUUGUUAUCAUGUACAGUGUAUGUGCCUUUUAUGUAAAUUGAUAGUUGUCGAGUUGUUGUAUCUUAAUGACUUAAAUUUAAAUAUAAUAUAGUUUGGGAAAAUUUUUGAAAGCCCCUAAUUGUAGCCAAAAGCCAGCAAGGUCUACAGAUUACUCACCCCUUUCUAGCUGAGUGAGAUGUAUAUAAUUUUAGAAAAUGAAUUAAAAGAAAAAGACAUGA